AUGCAAUUAGUCCUCCGCCUUUCAUCAGCUCAAGUUUGCCCGGCCGGCUUUGAGUCAACUACAGAUCAACAAACGUGCACAAGUGCUGAUGACUGUCUUGGCAUCACCAACACUGAUAACUUCAACUGUGUGAAUAAUUAUUGUUGCAAGAGCUUGAGAACCAAUUUUUGUGGAGUCAACGAGGUGUCGAUAGCCGGCGUUUGUUAUCCAGUGGCAAGUGCAGGUUCUGAUUGCAUCUAUUCUUCUCAAUGUCAACCGUCUCAUUUGAUUUGUCGAAACAAUAUCUGCAUCGAUGAAAAUCGUAAUCUUUAUUCUCUUUUUAAAAAUGUUCUUCGCGAAAAGUUGGAAGCUGAAUGCAUGGAUCCAAAUCAAACACCGGAAAGACUUGAUGGAUUGGUGAAGAGUUGUUUGGAUGAGAGGUGUUCGCCUGGUUUCAAUUGCGAAUACCAUCCUACAUUUAUGGGCGGUGACUAUAUUUGUUGUGGACAUUAUGACGUGCGAUAUAGUUACGAUUAUGGAAUCGUGCGAUUCUAUCCAGGAACGAGGCUGCCGCUGGAAUGCUUUGAGUCUUACCAAUGCCACUUACUGGAUACUCCUUAUUGUGUCUACAGUGAACGCUACGAACACAAUGUGUGCUGCUCAACUCAGAAUUGU